AUGUUUUUUAUGAGCACAGUUCGAACAGCUGUACUGUUAGAUGAAAAAGUCAACGAAGAUAUACAGAAUGCAAUAUAUAAACCACGUAAACAUCCUGGUGUUAUGAAAUAUAAAAAUGUUCAACUUCCAAUUGAGUAUAUCAAGGCAAUGGAAAAUUCUAUACAAGAUUUUCCAAUAAAGAAAUUAGUAAAUGAUGGCCAAGAAUUAAACAGAUACUUAGCUGGAAGACACCCGCCUCCCACACAGCUCGAAAGGCGAGAUAAAUAUGAACAAAUUAGAUUAAAAAUAUUAGAAAAGUCAAAAUAUAAAUUUACUGAUGACAUGCCGGAAGAAGAAAGAGUUAAACAAGAGAAAUUCUUGCAUAAUGAAAUAAUGGUAAAAUGUAAUAAACAAAUAUACGGCUGGAAGCCAAUGUCGUAUGAUGAUUUGGGAGCUCUGACUUAUAUGUUUGGAAGAUCUGCUCAGGAAUAUGCUGUACUUGUUAGAAUUUUUGGAGAAAUAUAUGACAGGGUUCCUGAUUUCAAACCAAAAAGUUUCUUGGAUUUUGGGUCAGGUGUAGGCACUGGUACAUGGGCAGUAAACCAUUUUUGGAAAUCAAACAUUUUUGAAUAUUUCUGUGUUGAUUCAUCAAGUUCAAUGAACGACUUGGCCGAUAUUAUUCUCAAAGGUGGCCGGGGGAAUAAACUGAACCCUAUAAAAGGAAUCUCAUAUAGACAGUUUUUGCCUGCAGCAAGAGAGAUCAGAUACGAUAUAGUCCUAUGUGCCUACACCCUUUUCGAAAUGUCGACACCAGAAUUGCGUUUGGAGAAACUGGUAAAAUUGUGGAACAAAACUGAACAAUUUUUAGUUAUCGUAGAAAUGGGAACGAAUGCUGGAUUCAGAUUGAUUUCUGAAGCACGAGACUUUCUGUUGCAAUAUGAUGCAGAAAUAUUCGCCCCGUGUCCGCAUUCCAAACCAUGUCCACGAUUCAUGACAGAUGAAACCCCAUGCAAUUUUGAAGUAAAAUAUUCAACUAUACCUCUAGCCGCUGUAUCCCAAAUCAAAACAGAACGAUUCAGUUACAUAGUUCUCAGAAAAAAAGCAAUCAGCGACUCAUCAACAGAUGGUGAUUCUGUUACUUGUACUUGGCCGAGAAUAGUUAGGCCCACUUUGGUGAGGUCGAAACACACCGUGUGCAGAAUGUGCACUUCUGAUGGUCAAUUAAAAGAAGUCGUUGUUACUGCUGCUAAACAUGGAAAAACGGCUUACCAUUGUGUGAGGUCGAGCAAAUGGGGUGAUUUGUUACCCGUUACUUUAACAGAAGUCGAGAAAAAGUCAAGAUUUAGUCAUAGUGAUAAUGAGACUGAUGAAUAAGCUAACUAUCUAUAUAUUAAUUAUAUAAGUUUAUAAAAUAUAAGUUUGAUAAUAUAAACGUAUAAGAAAUUUGUAUUUAUAUUCAACAAUAGAAGAUUUA